AAAUUCGUGAUGAUAUAAUGUUUAUUUAUAUAUAAUUAGUAAAAAAGCAAGCAAAAAAUAUAAUACCAAAAGUGUCACGAAUGGCAAGUGAAAUUUAUAUUUAUGCUUGUAUUGUUUUCCUUACGAAUUUUUCCAAACAAUUAAGAUAAUUAUAAUGUAAACAUUUUGGCAUAAAGAUCUACAACUAAGGUACAACUUUCACAACAGAGGGGCAAAUUUUUAUUUCCUGAGCAACUAAUCGUGCAAGCGAUAUAACCAACUAACAUCGAAUUUAUGCUGUACAAGAUAACAUUAGCUAAACAUAUUUCAAUUUUUAUGCUUUUACGAUAGAGGCCAAAACUCUUUGCUUACAUUUAGUUAACAAAGCUGACUAAAACAGUUAUUAAUGAUCUAUUAAUGAACCCAGUGAGAAGAUUUGCGAAGUGCUGACGAGAAAUAACCGAUUUUACGAUCAAAUCCAUUUUUGAAUUAAUCAUAACCUUUAUAGCGUUAAAAUGAAGAAUAAUAGGAUUACGCUAAAAAAUUAUAUUUCUCCCAUCAUGGCAAUUUUAUUGUUUGCUCCUUGUAAAGAAAUUAUAUUGCGGAUGGAAAUUAGUAUCGGAACCGUUUAAUUUAUUAUACUUGAUCUGUGAAGAUGUCGUGGUCGAUUGAUUCAACUGUUAUUGCAAUUUGGAAAUCAUUCAUAUUUGAUGUGAUCGCGCUCGUCGGAUUAAAACUAAAAAUCAGCUACAAAUAAGUGACAAAUUUCUCCAUUACCUCAAACUUCCGGUUACUACUACCGGUUAAAUACUAUCAGAUCUACGUGAGGUUUAGGCUUUGUAUAUUAUUAUAAUAAUAUUAAAUUAAUGCGUUGACAGACAAUAAAGAUUUCAGUUAGUUGACAAUUUUUUUUUAAAUUGGUGGUAGUAUAUGAAAUUUGACUAUAUAAAUUUUGUCAGAAUUUAAUAUGAUACACAAUGAAUGCUUUAACAUCCACGACAAUACAGAUCUUCAAGAAAUAAAUCUUUCAACUAAUAAUUAUUAUUAUGUUAAAGCUAUAUGAAAUUUAAAGGAUGUAAAAUGAAAAUACGCGCUAAAGCAUUCACGUAUCAUGUACUUUUUCGCUCCCGAAGAAAGAGCCGAUAACAUUGAAAGGGUUGGGUUCAUUUAAAUGGAAUUAAUUAAUUAAAUGAGAAAAUUCCGUAUAUUUUGCUACAUCUAAUAAUUUCUAUGUAACCAGACAUUACGCAAUAAUUUCGAUAAAUAGACUGUUAAUUAUUUAUACGAAAAAUCACGGUUGGUUGACAUGUCUAAAGAACAUUCAUUGUUUGCCGACAUACUCCGUUUUGUCCAACGCUGAUUGCAAUAUUUAGCGAGAGAGUGAGAAAGUAUUGAAAAUGAAAAACCGGUUGCCGUCUACCUUCGAGGGACUGAAUACCUGCUAAAAAUAUGAAAUGAAUGAAAACAACAAAAACCCAAACACCUUAACUACUGAGAGGCAAGCGCUUCUGAGAUUAAAAUAAGUGCAACCAACAAUUUAUUGUCCGUUUAUGCGGCAUCAAUUCAAGUUAAUGCCAAUAUGUAUAGGAUUAGUUGUCGUUAAAAUUUUGUAAUGAGCGGUAGCAUUUGUUACAGUUGGACAAGUAAAUCACUUUUUAUUUUGAAAGCUUCCCUAUAAUGGAAUUAAAUGAAUCAUUAGAAUCACCCGCUGAAGGUUUAGAUGAAAACUUGAACAUAUCUACAAAAAUUUUAAAAGAUUAUGAGGUUGUGUCCGUGAUUGGCAAUGGAUCGUUUGGUACUUGUUUCAAAGUGCGUGAGAAAGUAACUGGCAAUAUUUUUGCCUGGAAGGGUAUAGAUUACGAUGAGUUUAGUGACUGUCAAAGAGAGUUACUCAUUUCAGAAAUUCGGGUACUGCGUCAGCUCCAACAUCCGAAUAUAGUGCAAUAUUACAAUCAUCUGAUAAACCCUGAAGCUAAAUCGCUAUUUAUUGUAAUGGAAUAUUGUGAAGGCGGAGAUUUAGCCCAUUGGAUUGCCAAGGCCAGAACCGAGCGUAAACGUUUCGAAGAAUCGUACAUUUGGCGUAUUUUAUACCAGGUCUGCCGAGCAUUGCAGGUAUGCCAUAAUAAAAUCAAAGAGGGAACGAUUCUACACCGCGAUAUCAAACCUGCUAACAUUUUUCUGGAUGUAAACGGUAACGCAAAACUGGGAGACUUUGGUUUAGCUCGUAUGUUACGUCGCAAUGAAUCCUUUGCUGACACAUUCGUUGGUACUCCGUACUAUAUGAGUCCAGAGAUUGUUAAAGGUAAUAAAUAUGACCGUAAAUCGGAUGUGUGGGCAGUAGGUUGCCUUAUCUAUGAGAUGUGUGCUUUAGCUCCACCAUUUAAAGGACGACAAUUCGCUCAGCUCUCUACAAAUAUCACCGUCGGAAAGUAUAAUAAGAUUCCAAGUAUUUACUCUGAAAAUUUACAAAAUAUUAUCAAAUUUAUGCUUGAAGUAGAAAAUGAUCAAAGGCCCAGUAUUGAAAUUAUUCUGCGACAUCCCAUCGUAGUGAGUAAUAUUCAUAAUUUAGGAAAUAGUCUUCCUUGUUUAAUUGAAGUUGCAAACAAUGAAAUUGAUUUUUAUAUGCCUACCGAUGAAUUAGAAGUGCAAAGAAAGUUAGAUUUUAAUUCUAUACGUGAUUCGUCCCGCGUUAACUUGACUGGUGAGCGAAACAAUUUAAACGAAAAAAGCGACCUUAAAGGGCUCAAUAUAACUGGCAUGCUUACACCAGACUUACGAGCUGAAAUCUUUUGUUCAACUAAUCGUGAAAUGUAUGCUAUGGCUCCCAAGUUCCAACGUUCCGAUCCGGAACUCUAUGAAACCAUAAAGCGUGAAACGUUUGACACUCGGCGGGAACAUUGUGAUUCCUUUAAAAAUAAUAGCACUCUAAAAACGAACCCGGAACUUUUAACAAGAGAAGUGUUUGAGAACGCUCUAAAAGUUAGACUACAUGCUAUACGUGCUCAAGAAUCGUUGUUGAGACAGAAAGAAGAAAGCCUAGAUGAACGUGAAAAGCAGUUAAAUGAGAAGGAGUACCGUUUGCUUCAAUUCGAAGAAAGUUUGUUAGAGAGAAGCAAGUUUUUAAUUAAAGAAAUGGAAAAACUUUCUUUGCCAAGCAAUACCUUCUUAAAUGCCAAGACGUGUUCUUUACAAUUAGAAAAUGCAACACACUCCGAUAUGCCUCCCCCUUUGCCACCAAGAAAAUCUGCUAUACAUGAUGAAACAUAUUGUAGCAUAGAAUCAAACGAAGUCACACUUCUGCACGAGCCCACUAUGGCGAAACUGGAUAUGAACACUUUACCGGCACCGAAAAACUUUUCAAAUACGCGUGUGCGUAAAGUUACUUUCCAAUCUCCGAAAAACUUUAUAAGGUAUGACAUAGAAAACAACGUAAUCGAAAAACGACAACAAAUGCAAACCAGCGUCUCGAGCAAGGGCAGCGAAGGUUCCUCCGAAAGCACGAGUACCACCAAUUGUCCAAAACAUCGCAGGAAAUCUUUGCUUUCGAUUUUGGGAUUCAGUCGCAGCAAUAAGGAAAACAUCGAUUUGAUACCAAAAUCCAAUCCACCAGCUAACACACACAAAAAAUUAUUGAAAAAUGGAAGCAAUACAAAGGGAGAAAUUUCGAUUAGCGAAGAGAAAAUUCUAUCAAAGUGCGAGACUGCUGAACUUGGCAAUAUAUGGACAAAGGAUCACAAACGUGCUGCUUUCGAAAUGCUUGCUGCCAUGAAUGGCACUAACGUUAGCCAUGGCAACAAUUCGCGGAAUAGGUUACGACACUCUGUACGCGAACGCAAUAUUUUGCAUCAGAAUCGUUUUCGUCGAUCUUUUAUUGCACCAAUGUAAAAUUUGUCUGCACUAACCCGU